UGUCAAUUGAAAAGCAGCAGCUCUGUAACAUUUCUUUUGGGUUAUGUGCUAAAUCAUUUUAUUUCUGCAUGAAAAUAAACAUUUAAUAUACAAAUAAUAAAUAAGUGAAUCCAAAUAAUGGCAUCUUUAGUGAAGCAAUUCGCCCGUCUCAACAUUACACAAAGAAGUCUGUUACAGAACUCCUGUAAACUGCUACUGCCGGCUAGCCAUAGUUUACAUACGACGGAUGCACUAUGCUCCAAAUGGAAUAAAGCUAAUCAUGGCCCACGCAAAUGGUUGGUGAGCAAUAAAACGGUACAUCCACCACAAAAGCCUGAUGAGGAACCAAGAAAAGCGUAUGUCUGCCAUAUGCGCACCAACAUUAAAUAUAGUCCAGAUAAAAUGUGGUAUAUCGCUUCAUUUGUACGUGGCAUGUCCGUCGAUGAGGCUGUAAAGCAAUUGAGUUUUGUGCUUAAGAAGGGCGCCACACAUGUCAAAGAGGUGCUACUUGAAGCACAAGAAAUGGCUGUCAAGCAACAUAACGUGGAAUAUAAGAGUAAUUUAUGGAUUGCUGAGUCGUUCGUGGGUAAGGGACGUGUUUUUCGCGGCUUGCGUCGACACGCACGCGGACGUCAGGGCAUAGUUGAAUACAAACACUGUCAUUAUUUCGUAAGACUAGAAGAAGGAGAACCACCAAAGGAUUACUACCUACCUGCACAACAAACGCCAGAACAACAGUUAGAGAAAUGGAUUGAACAAAUGCGUAGCCGUAAAGUUAUCAAUUCGCUAUAAGUCAUUUUGUUUCAAUAAUUGUUUAAAACAUGCAAUAAACGGAGUUGUUUAAACAUAA